AUGGAAGUAGUCAGUGCAGAAACACCCCUACGAGAACGAGCGCUGUGCAAAUUCGAAUACAUCCUCAACUAUAAUCCAAGACGACUACCCGCAGCUUUGACAGAAGUGAAAUGUAGUUGUGAUCGACCAAAUUCAAAGCUUGUCGGGAAGAGGAUAUUCGAGUGCGAACAUUUACGGUAUCAGGUCCGAGUGUUGAUGUUUGACGAAACGUGCAACACGUUCCGAGAGCACAUAGAAACGAUCGCCCUAGCAUGUAUUCCCGUUGUGCAGGCGAAUGCGAAUGCAGACGGUGAAGCAGACUUUAUGUUUCCGAUCAAAGCCGAAGUACCCGUAUGA